CGCCGCCUAGUCUCCCGAAAGGAGGUAAUAAGAACAGCAGCAUACAGCAACAGUAGAGAACGCCUGUUCUUGUUCAACACUGCUUCGUGCGCCAGCGCUGAUGCCCCACCCAAACCGGGCCGGAUUUCAAAUCAGCUGUGCGACCCAAUCCACAGACUGCUCUCACGGCUUGUCCUGGGCCGUCCCAACCGUCUCUGGAGAAGGCAGCGGCGGUAAAUGUGCACUACUCCCAGGGUCUACAGACAAUGGCUAUGAGCGCGGAAGUGAGGACGGCCAUGCCCCUGAAUCUGUAUACAACAUAAUCUCCAGCAUCGGUACCUGCUAGCUUGCCUCGCGUCGCCCAACCCACCUGCUGCUUGCCAGGCAACGCUGCGUUCGGGAUAAUGCUUCCUGAUGCGUGGAAGCUGCUAGGCCUGCAAAGGGCCCCAGGCACGCGGGGCGCGGAUUAAAGGUGGCCGUGUGUCCGAGUAUAAGCACGGGGAUUAGCACACUCUGCAAGCUACAUCUCCCCAUUAGCAGCAGCCGUAAGAUAACCCCCCUCUCUCUCAAUAAUUGGCAUGUCCGCCUGGGUCACGUCACUGAAUUGCUGCAGCGGGAAGGAAGGGGGUGGGUAACUUAGGGUCGGUGUUCGAUGCAGAGAGUUGGAUUUGAAGGACAGGUACCUAUAUCUGCAGUUGUGACCAUGUCUACUUAGAAGUUGUCCUAUCGAAUUCAAUGAAGAUUAUUGCCAGAUUGAAUUCAGGAGAAACGGGUUCUGCAUAUUUACAGCAGAAGCCAGGUGUUCAUACAGCUCUGAUUUGCUGGAAUCAGUGAUAUCACCAAAUCACCCACUCCUUCUGUGAGCGCUUUUUCAACUAUUUUAAAAUGUACUGUGCUUUUUUUUAAAAAGAAAAAGAAAUGAACAUGGAUCACUUUAAUAAUAACUGAAGCAGGAGCAGAACACAGCCUACCUGAAGCAUGGGAAGAGGGGCAAGACAAUUGGCUCAGUGUGCUGAUUAACAAUCUGAUUUGCAUUCCAAGCAUGGCAGGAAGCUCACGUUGGGGUGGGGGCAGGGAAAUGCACUGCAAGUCUUCAUUUUGGGGGGUAUGUCUCUAUGCACUCUUAUAUUAGAGUUGUAUGGUUCUGAAAUAAGGGGUAUCCAUUGUGUUCUAUGGAACUAUCGUGAAUUAAGGGAUGCCUCCUUCACCAUAAAUAGAAUCUGGCAGCCUUGCUAAGCACUCUAACUAUUAGAUGCCCACCUCCUAGAUCUGUUCUUGGCUGCUGUUCUAAGUAGACGGUGCUCAAGUCUCAUCAUCACCCUUGACAAAUUCACCCAGCUUUGCAUGGGCUUUCCUUGGUAUAGAUGCACGUGAAUAUUGCAUUAGCAGCCUUCAUUCUGUACCUAUUUAAAGAUAAGAAAAUGUCCCCACUGCCAUGUAUUGUGCUAUGAGGAAGUUCUCUGACAAAACACUUUCAUGUCACACGUCAUGGCUGUGACUUGUGGGUGAUGCCAACUGUGUCCUUCUGCUCUCCCUGCUGUGGUUUUUUUUUUAAAAAAAAUGCUUGCCUUUUGCACAGUCGCUUUGUUUUGAUAUGACAUCAUUUUGCAAAGAUUUUUAAAAUAAAGCAGAUUUAGGAGACUGACAGACAAGCAAGCCCUUCCCACUCCUCACGAGGGAGAGGCACGUUGAAAAAAGUCAGAUGACACACACAACACACCCUCACUUGUGUUCUUAAUGGCACAUAAGAGAUGAACUUAGAGGCAGAAAGACAAGAUCCCUGAAAACAGCCACCCAAAGCAACUGCACAUCACUUCAUGGUAGGGCCAGCCCUUACAGAGCCAGUCAGGAAUGCUUUAUGACUCAGAUUUGGCUUGACUUUACUUCCUUGCCCUUGAGACACAAUCAGAGCCCUCCAUCAGUAGAUCCAUAGGUAGCAGCCCUCCUUCUUUAACAAAUAGCUACCCCCUUCCCUGCUGAGUUGGGUUUAUUUGAGGCCUCUGUUUUACUUGAUGGAAAUAUACUCUUCACAAAUGUUUCUUCAUGAUCAUAAAUCAAUAUAUGCUUGAUCAUUAACCAAAAGCAAUUUCCUGUGAGCACAGUUGUGUCUGUCAGAACUGGGUUGGGGAAAAGAAUUUAGAGCUGGAAGGGAACGGAAGGUUUCCACUCCGAGCAACUGCCACUGAGCUUUCCCAUCUAGCCUCCUCCGUCUCCUUUUGGAGGAGAGGAUUAGUAGCACUCCCUCCUCACCACCAGUCUGCUGCUCCCUUCUCCCCCUCUCAUUUUGGGUGAGGGGUUUUUACAGGCAAGCAGAAGGCAUUCCCCAUGGUCAUCUCCAGGGAUGGGAAAUCUGAGGCCUUCCAGAUGUUGCUGGACUAGAACUCCCAUCAUCCCUGCCCGUUGACCAUGCUGGCAGAGGCUGUUGGGAGCUGGAGUUCAACAACCUCUGGAGGGCCACAGGUUCCACAUGCCUGGCCUGCAUUUCUCUGUUGAACCAAAUCUCAACCAAGCUUAUGUGAACAAGUCCUCUGUAGGCAAUUGGGGGGGGAUUCAGGGAAAGGAAGGUGUUCAAGAGAGAGGGGUGAGAGAAUGGUUUAUAUAGAUUUUUUUCUUUUAAACUUGCCAGGCAUCUGACAUGUGGGACAAAGCUUCUCCGCAAUGCACCUGGCCACCUCUGUCUCUCUUCCUCUCCGCCAUCACCAUAUUUUUCUGGCACCACUACUAAGUUGACCCAAAUUCAGCAAGUCUAUUCAGAGUCCAUGGCUACAAUACAUUCAGAUACAAUACAAAUAUACUACAAAUACAAAUACAAUACAAUACAUUCAGAGUCCAGCUACAGUAAUUAGUAUGAGUCAAACAGUCCUUCAAGGUUACGGAAAAGUAAUUUGCACACAACUAAAUAGCACUGGUGUUACACCAUCUCUCCUAUUAGUUGCUCUAAAAGAGAGUGACCAUAAUAACCUGUGUCUGCGAUUGCCAGUAAUGAUACACUUACUUCAGUGGGUCAGGUGGUGUUAACACUCUCUGCAUCUGCUUCUUUAGAAUGCUUGGCACUGGCUCCGCUCCUACUUGGUGGGUCGUCAACAGAAGAUAGUGCUUGGGGAACACUGCUCGACACCCUGGACUCUCCAUUGUGGAGUCCCACAGGGAUCGGUACUGUCCCCCAUGCUUUUUAACAUCUAUAUGAAGCCGCUGGGUGCGGUCAUCAGGAGUUUUGGAGUGCGUUGUCACCAGUACGCUGAUGACACGCAACUUUAUUUCUCCUUUUCAUCUUCCUCAGGUGAGGCUGUUAACGUACUAAACCGUUGCCUGGCUGCGAUAAUGGAUUGGAUGGGAGCUAACAGACUGAAGCUUAAUCCAGACAAGACCGAGACGUUGUUAGUGAGUGCCUUCUCUGCCCAGAUGGUGGAUGUUCACCCUGUUCUGGAUGGGGUUACACUCCCCUUGAAAGAACAGGUUCGUAGCUUGGGAGUUCUUUUCGACCCUUCCCUGUCUCUUGAGGCUCAGGUAGCCUCAGUGGCACGGAAUGCUUUCUACCAUCUUCGAUUGGUAGCCCAGCUACGUCCCUAUCUGGACAGUGACGACCUCGCCUCAGUCGUUCAUGCUCUGGUAACUUCUAGAUUGGACUACUGCAAUGCGCUCUACGUUGGGCUGCCCUUGAAGACAGUUCGGAAACUACAGUUAGUCCAGAAUGCAGCGGCCAGAUUGUUGACGCGGACCAGAAGGUCCGCUCAUAUAACACCUGUUCUGGCCUGCCUGCACUGGCUUCCUAUUUGUUUCCGGGCUAAAUUCAAAGUGCUGGUUUUGACCUAUAAAGCCUUACACGGCAUGGGACCGCAAUACCUGGUGGAGCGCCUCUCCCAAUAUGAAACUACCCGUACACUGCGCUCAACAUCUAAGGCCCUCCUCCGAGUACCAUCCCAUCGAGAAGCUCGGAGGGUGGUGACUAGAAAUAGGUCCUUUUCGGUUGUGGCCCCCGAACUGUGGAAUGGUGUUCCCGAUGAGGUGCGCCUGGCGCCGACGCUGCUAUCUUUUCGGCGCCAGGUGAAAACCUUUUUAUAUUCCCAGGCAUUUUAAUGUGUACUAUUAAUAUUUAUUGAUGUAUUUUGCUGCUGUUUUGAUUUUUGUUUACGUCUGUUUGGUUUGAUUCCAUUGUAUUACUGUAUUUAUAUAUUUUCUGAUUGUUUUAUUGUUAUGUACACCGCCCAGAGAGCCCUUGGGCUUAGGGCAGUAUAUAAAUUAAAUUAAAUAAAUAAAUAAAUAACCCUG